UUGUUCAACACGGAGAAGUGUGGAUUAAACAUGUCACAGGCUGAAGGAGUGGAAACCACGGAUACCUUGUCCACAGGAGAUCAAAGUAAUAUUAACGGUGGCAAUUCAACGAAGGUGGACGAGGAGAUGAGAAAUGAUCUGGAGCUGGCAGCGGUCUAUGUGUCUGAUGCCCAGUACAACCGGAACAUUGUCUUUGACACGUCACCCCAGGGUGUCAGGUUGUAUAUGCUGUAUAACCACUGGGGUCUGCUGGCACUGGUGUACCUGCUGCUCAUCGCUAACCUGGCACUGGCCUUGUUUGAGGACCCUGCUCUCUUUCCCCUGCCUAUAUGGGUAACCUUGGUGACGGAGCUGAUCUGCCUGAUGGCCUUCGCUGGCCGCCUCUUUCACUUCGGCAGAGUCGUCCCGCGCGACAGCUUCUGGAAGGAUGCCAAGAACAUCUGCAUUAUCGUCAUCAUUUCUGUGAGUGAAAUAACCCUACAGCACUAUGAGCCUGACCAGGCUUUAUUCGGCUCUCUGAAGGCUGCGGGAUACUAUGGUGUGCGAUGGUCCAGGGUGCUGAGGCCACUGCUGCUGGUCAACAUCACAGAAGGCCGGCAGCUCCGCCGGGCUUUCAGGAGCAUCCGGAAUGCUCUUCCUCAGAUCCUGUACGUCUUCCUGCUCUUCAUCUUCAGUGUGCUCAUGUUCUCUCUCAUGGCUCUCAAGCUGUUUGGGAAAAGAGGCCUUAAAACCAAAGAUGGAAGUCCAUAUUUCACAAACUACCUGCAGAUUGUUUUUGAUCUUUAUGUGUUAGUCACCACUGCUAACAGCCCUGAUAUCAUGAUGCCAGCCUACAAUGCCAACAUUUUCUUUGCGGUUUUCUUCAUUGUGUACAUCCUUAUAAACACAUACAUCUUCAUGUCUGUCUUCCUUGCUGUGGUCUACAACAACUACAAGAAAUAUCUAAAGGAGGAAGUCAGACAGCUGGUUCGGGCGAAGCGCUGUAAGAUGGCUCGGGCUUUCCGCGUCCUGCAGGAGCCCUGUGGGGCGGAGCCUGUGGUCACGCAGGCGCGGUGGAACCAGCUGGUGCGCCUAGUCCAGCCCGACAUAAGCUCCGCCCACCGCGAGCUCCUCUGGAGCGUCUCCGACACUGAAAAGAGGGGCCACAUAGGGAAACUGGCCUUCAUGCAGCUGCCUGACCUGCUCAACAUCCAGGUGAUCACGGUCAAGUCACGGCCACACCCUCUGCAGACCUGGCAACCCACUCUGUACAGCUCUACUGCCAGCCAGUUCAUCUGCCGUAUGGUCAAGCACAAGGCCUUUGUUUAUGUGUAUGAUGUCAUCAUCCUGCUCAACGCCGUGUUCAUCGGUCUGGACGAGGAGAACUCGCUCAUCUCUAACGUGGAGUGGUUGUUCCUGGGGCUGUACCUCCUGGAGAUCCUGCUCAAACUGUACACCUUUGAGCCCAGGGCCUUCUUCUCCAAGCAUCAGUUCUGGAACUGGUUUGACACGAUCAUCAUUGUGUCUGCUCUGAUUUCCACCGUAAUUAACUCUGCACUAAAGUCCACCGGUGGCUACAGCAGCCGGCAGAUCUUGGACAUCGUCUUCAUCCUGCGAAUCCUCCGCCUGAUUCGGGUUGUGGACAGUAUUAAAAGAUUCCGCACCAUCAUUAACACUCUGAUCAAAAUCGGGCCCACAAUCCUCACCUUUGGCCAGCUCAUUCUGGUGGUGUACUACAUAUUUGCCAUGGUGGGGAUGGAGCUCUUUAAGGGCAAAGUGAGGUUUUUUGAAAACGGCUCCACAGACUCUGAGCACGAGUACUGUGGAAAUCCACUCCUGAGAGGAAGUGACUUUGCCAGGCUCAACUACUGCAGAAACAAUUUCAACGACAUAAUUUCCUCCUUCAUCCUCCUGCUUGAGCUCACCGUUGUCAACCAGUGGCAUGUCCUGAGCAGUGGUUACACCAUGGUGACCCAUGUUUCGGCACGCAUCUUCUUCGUUUUGUUUCACAUUGUGGUUGUCAUCAUCAUCAUAAACAUCUUCGUGGCGUUUGUGCUGGAGGCGUUCUUCGUGGAAUACACAGUUGCUAAGAGUGAUUUACAGACGUCACUGGAGAAGAAAAUAGAGGAACUGGAACUGAGUGUUCAGCAAGAGGACCGGGACAGCAGCUUGGUUCAGAGCAUGGAAACAGCCGAAAACGACCUGGGUCCCUCAGAAACCAGCAAAGGAGGCCCCUCGCUGAUGUUUAAGAUCGCCUCGAAAAGGUAUAAGACUGUGGACGGCCUGCUGCAGAGGAUUUUUGAGGCGGAUCUGAACCCCGAGGACUAUGAGGAUUCAGAUGGCCCUUCACAAUCAGACGCCAAUAUCCAGAAUCCUGCCUAUGACGCCAUUUAACUCUGAUCAAAGGGAAACCACUCACUGUAAUGGACAUUUCAUGCCUUAUAUACAAAAAUAUAUAUUUUCCACUUGUGCUACGACAUAAAGAAUAAAAUGUUCUGAAAAUGUACAGGUUAUAUUAAAUGAGUGGGGAAUGAACUCCAUCAUGGUGAUAUUUACCAUAGGCCUAUAUAUUAUUAAAUCAUGAUAAUCAUGUUUUUCAGUUACAUACCUCAUGCAUACACCGGGGAGUUUUUUGUUUGUGGAUGGACUUUCUUUAAUAAGAUUGGUGUUUACUGUUCAAAACUGACACAGUGUGGAAUAUAAAGACAUUCCUCAAGGGC